AUGGAUAUGGUAUUGGGUGGUCUUCCUUUCCCAUUUCCGUCAAGUCGAAUCGAACGAGAGAGAAAACCAAAAUGUGCUCGUUGUAGGAAUCACGGAUUUGUUUCAUGGCUCAAAGGACACAAACGGCACUGUAAAUUCAAAGAUUGUGGUUGUGAGAAAUGUUGUUUGAUCGUGGAAAGACAACGAGUUAUGGCGGCACAAGUCGCUUUGAAAAGAAAACAAGCUGCUGAGGAUGCGAUUGCUUUAGGACUUCGUGUAGUGGCCGGUCAAUCAAUCAAUCGUCUUCCACAAGGGCCCGUUUGGCUUGAUAAUGAAGAUGAGGAGCUAGAAAUGGCUGAUACAGAGGCUUUGGAUGACAGCAAAAGUGACGGUCCAUCCGAGACCCCAAAUCCGAUCGAUUUGGAGAAAGAGGGCACAGAUACAUCAGAAGAGAUCAGUCCACCCCCGUUGAAGAAGAAAUCAAUAGUUUCUAAAGAGGUGAAAAAGGAACGUCCAAAGCAAGGAAGAAUCAACCCGAUCGAAUUGUUGUCCGUUUUGUUUGAAGAUCAAGAGAGAAGGGUGUUGGAGUUAGUUCUUGAAGGUUGUGCUGGCGAUGUGCUGCAAGCUAUUGAGCAUUUUGUAAGCGCAAAGAAGUUUAAAGCUGAGCCAUCUGGGAGCACUACAUCGACGCCAAGUGUGCAAGCACCACAUCAUCCGCAGUUACCGGACUUCUCUCCACUCCUUCCCCGCACUCCAUCAGGUCCAUUCUCAAUGGAAGCCCUCCUCGUUCUUAUGGAGACAUUGUCCUUCAUCACAAAAUAUCUAGCGAGAUUCUUUUUUUUACCCGGAUUCACUUUCCCAAGGUUAUGCAUAUCG